AGGGGGAAGGGUGGAGUCAAAGAGGGAGCCCCGGAGAAAGUAGGAGGAAAUGACAGAGAGAAGGGAAAGCAGGGCAGAGGGAGAAAGAGAGGAGGCCAUAGAGAUAGAGAGAGAUACAGAGGGGGUUUGGAAGUAGGAAUACACAGAUGAGAGAGCAUAAGAGGAAGCCAAACAGACAGCAGUGCAGACAGACAGACAGACAUCAUUGCAGACAGACAGACAUCAUUGCAGACAGACAGACAUCAUUGCAGACAGACAGACAGACAGACAGCCAGACAGACAGACAGACAGACAGACAGAGGCAUGUCCACCCAACCGGGUCCCCAGCACAGGGUCUUGUUCCAAACCCCAGGUGAGGAGAAGGCGGAAGAGGAGCCUCCUCAACGCAGACUGGGAAAACUCACGGUCAAGUACAACCGCAAGGACCUGCAAAAGAGGCUGGACAUCGAGGAGUGGAUUGACGGGCAGCUGCAUCUCCUGUUCGACUGUGAGGAGGAGGAUAUUCCAGAGUUAGAAAUUGACAUGGAUGAGUUGCUGGAUCUAUCAGACGCAGAACAGAGAGCAAAGCUACAUGACCUUCUUCAAGACUGUGACAAGCCCAAAGAGGACUUCAUCGACGGCUUGCUGUAUCGUAUGAAGGGACUUCGCAAGAUGUCCCUGAAAAAAUGAACAAAAGUUGGACCAUGUGAAAUGAGACACCAUUGUCUCUCACCUGUAGCUGUGGAUGUGUGUACAGUGACAGUCCUCAUGUAUCUAGAUAUAUCCUUAUGUAUCCACAAUCUGCACUAUCAGUGUCUAUAUUAGUGGUUGGCAGCACUUGUCAAAGAGGGUCCCCAUGGCCAGUCCGUCCUGACCUUAUAUUAUUAGGACCAUUUGAUACCAUAUAUGUCUUACUCACAUAAGCCUGGUGGGUCUUCCAAUGGGGCAUCUGUGUAAAACUGAGUUUAAAUAUGACGUAAUAUAGCAUAGAGAUGUCCUACUAGAUUCAAACACCUCUUGGUAUCAGUUGCCUCUGAAGUAGAAUGAGAGAUCCAGUCUAGUGUUGAUGGAUUAUCCAGUCUAUCGUUUAUGUAGAUGUUUUUCACUGUUAUGUUACAGAAUGGUUCACCAAUUCACCAUGGCCUGGUUUGUUAUGUUCUUCGGUGUUAAUGGACACUUCUGGCAUUUUGAAUAAUCAGAUCACAGCUUAUGUUGACAUUCUUUUUUAUUUUUUCUGAAUUUUUUCUGAAAUGUUUUCUCUGAUGAAUCCCCUGCUAUGACUAGCCCAAGAAUGUACUGUCGUGACUUUGGCUAUGCCGGAUUAAGUAAUAUGAUAUGCUAUUCUAUAUUAAUAUCGCCUGAUUGAGCUAAUCAUGUAAAUGUAAUUAACUAGAGAGUCAGGCACCACAAAAUAAUAUUUAUAGAGCUGUUAUCUUCCGAAUAAACUCUUAAAGACCUAGUAAUAUUUUACAUCAAUAGCAGUCAACAUUAAUCAUCACCUUAAUUCAGUCUCAUCUGAAAGUUGUAGAUUCUUAGUUAUCUGCAUGAACCCUGGCUAACAAUUUGAAUCAGCAAUACAAAAUUGGGUUUAAUUAUUUAUUUACUAAAUACCUAACUAAUCACACAGAAUUACACAUACACACAAUUAAUCAUAACUUGAUUACAAAUUACGUCAUAAAGGAAAACGUCCCUAGCGGGCGGAACAGUCUUUAUAUAGAAAGGGAGAAAAGGGUUGUGUUUCAUAGUUUACAACCUCUGUCUCUUCACGUGGGCAGGCAGAAUCUCUAUGUUAACCAAGAGUUUUGCAAAUGUAACCUCAGUAGGGUAGAGAGAGGAAAAAGGGUUGGACUGUCAUAAACCAAUCCCCCAGGCCAAUGUCAUGACAGUACUGUAAAUAUGGUUACUAACACUUUUGUUUAUCUUAAAGUAUUGUUUUAAAAGAGGCAGUGCUCUCAUUAACUGUUACAUCGGAAUUUCAAAUGUGAUCUCCAAUUGAAAAUAUGUGUACUGUGAUGUUACCUAUGAUAUUCUGGAAAAUAUCACCUAAAACAAAUUCACUUCAAUCCAUAAAAGGGCAGUUAGGCAUCACAGAAUGUCGACGAGCCUUGGAUCCGCUAAAGAUCCCAAUGGGGGGGGAUCGAAACUUUUUCUCUUUGUGAAUUUCAAUAAAUCAAUGGAAGCAUA